GUCACCCUUGCUUCAGCUUUGGGUCCUUCCUCAGCGAGAGCCUGACCAUCCAGCCUGCAGCCAGGGGGUCGAGAGUCCCAACGGCCCACAGUGCACACCGCACUGUAACAGUGCACAACACACCCGCUCCGUGCGUCGUGGAGAGUCACCCAACACGCACACAGCCCCUACGCAUCCGCUGGGAACUUACUGGCCCUGUUCGAACCAAGAGGGGUCAGAGGUCAUGGGUGGCCCAGAAGGCCGAGGUCAAGGGCAGCUGGCCAGGGAGCUCGGCAGGAAAGGGGCUCCUAACCGAGGGGCCACGAACUCCAACGGCGGAGCUCAGGGAAGCUUGGCAGAGGCUGGAAGUUGCUUUUCCCUGCAGGGUGGGCGCGCGGCCUAAGGCAGCCAGGCUGCCUUGGGGCCAAGUUCGGCAGGGUCCCGAGCUCAAAGUGCCUGGCUUUUCCGGAAAACUAUCGCGGAUCCCACACCCGCUCGCUGGGCUCAUGCUCUAAGAAUUCGGCUCUGGAAGCCGCGAGGCCGGGCCAGGCAGGAUUCUGCCCGGGAGGCACAGACAGAACGGCCUGGUGAUCAAGAAGGGACCUGGAGCCGGCGUGCCGGGUGCCCCCUUCGCCCGCCCGUAGUAGAGGAGGGGGCGGCGGGGUCCAGCGACUCGGAUCCUCUCCGAACAGCGUUCAACGCUUCGCUGGAGCCGGACCGUGGCUCGAGCUGUUGGAGCCGCGGGUUCCCCGGCCGCGUUGCGGCGGGUCCCCACCUGCUGGUUGCAAGGGACGAAGCCCCGGGCCCGACUCGUGCCGAUGGCGCCCGCAUUGGGAUCGGAAGGCGCGCAGACAGCUCCGAGACGCGGUGGCCGUAGUGCGGACGGCGGGAGCCGGCGAGCUGCGGUGGGGACCAGCUUGCUGCCGGCUGUGCGCACAGCCCCAGGCGCGGCCCGAGGCGGAGCGAAAGAGAAAGUAAGCCCCGGGCCCGGGCAGCCUCGCCGGGGCAUUGGUCCCUUUGGGGCUCGCGGGUGCCGGGGACACCGUGUGCGGGAGGGUCGGAGCGAGGCCAAGCGAGGCAGGGCGGCGGGUAGCAAGGCGGCCAGUGGGGACCCCGCUACCGGAGGCAGCGGCACCGGGCGGCCCUAUCGAACCGCGAGGAUCACAGAGGAGCGCCGGCCACCAUGCGGGGCACCACUUGGGAAUAAACUUCACGAGCACAGUUUCGAGCGCAGGAAAAAGUCUCCAUGUUGCUUCCCCAGUGGCUGCGGCCGUCCUGCCCUUGCUCCCGGGGAGCCGGGUGGGCGCCGGCCCGCGCCCCCUCCUCCGCCCCCUCCCCGGCUCAGGGUCUCCCUCCUCUGA